AUGCUGACUUCCGCGCAGCUUUUCGCAUUGCCGCCCGCAUUGCUGGCUGCAGUCAUCGCCUUUUCGUCCUCCGCCGCGCACGCACAGUACCCACCGCCGCCGACAUAUGACAACAUCCUUAGAUCGCCUAUAGACAAGAAUGUCACCGUCGCCUACAAGCAGCCGAUCAAUGGCACUUGCACCACUGCCUUCUCGACACAGAAGCAAUACACGGGAUACAUAGGCAUACCGCCGUUCACGCUCGCUCCUAUACAGCAGAACUACUCGAUCAAUACCUUCUUCUGGUUCAUAGAAGCGCGGCAAACACCAGAGACUGCGCCGCUUACAAUAUGGCUGAACGGUGGACCAGGUUCGAGCAGCAUGUUUGGCCUAUUCAAUGAGGCUGGGCCAUGCGAGGUUGUUCAAAUGGCCGAUGGGACAUACGGCACGCAGAUGCGACCUUUCGGCUUCGAUCGGGCCUCCAACAUUCUUUUCAUUGAUCAGCCGAAUCAGGUUGGCUUCUCGUAUGAUUUGGCGACAAACGCUUCGCUGGAUCUCUUCGCAAAUGAGGUCUAUGAACCUCCUACGCCGCCGAGCAAAGAGCUCCCAGGCUUCAUGUAUCUUAAUGGCACUUUCGGCACUGCCAACGAGAACGCCGCGAAACCAUACGCGACGACGGCGAAUACCACGGAAAUUGCUGCGGCCGCGACAUGGCAUUUCUUGCAAACAUGGCUUUCGACCUUUAGCCAGUACAAUCCUGCGACCAGGCCGAAUGUGACUACACCCAAUUCAUCCGACGAAGCGGCUGGCAUUCAUCUUUGCACGGAGUCGUAUGGUGGCAAGUAUGCGCCGGUAUUCUCUUCUUACUUUGAGGAGAAGAAUCAAGCUCUGGCGAGUGGUCUUCUGCCGGCAAACGACACCCUGGCUAUCAAGCUGCAAUCGGUCAGCAUCAUCAAUGGUCUCGUCGACGACCUCAUUCAAGAUUACUACUAUCCGUCUUUUGCGUAUAACAAUACUUACAAGAUUCAGCUGAUCGACCAAACUAUGCAGCUGAACGCCAUCAAUAAUUACACGACGAAAUGCUUGCCAGCCAUUCAGUCCUGCCGCGCAGCACUGGCUACGACCUCGAAUCUCUACGGCGACGACGAGCGCAUCAAUGACUUAUGCGAGAGCGCACAAUAUACCUGCAACAUUCUCACGGCCAUUGCAGCAGCAGCUGGCUACGAUUUCUAUGACAUCCGACGGCAAUUGCCGAGCCCUGAUCCCUCUGCGGCAUAUCAGGAGUACCUUAAUUAUGAAUCCGUGCUAAAGGCUAUUGGCGCGGCCGUAAACUACACCGAGAGCAAUCGCUACGUCCAAGAAGGGUUCAUCUCGACGGGUGACAGCAUCCGAGGUGGCGCAGUGCAAGACCUUGCCGAUCUGCUCAAGGCCGGUGUGCGUGUCGCUUUGAUAUACGGGGACGCCGACUUCAUCUGCAACUGGCAUGGUGGUCAAGCAGUAGCCUUUGCAGUCGCCAACGCCCUCCCAGCAUACCCUUUUGCAACACGCGUAUCAUCAACCGGCGCCGGAAUUCCACCAAGCUAUGCAUCAGGCUUCGCCCAAGCCGGGUUCGCAGAAAUCGUCGUCAACGACUCCUACGUCGGCGGCGCAGUUCGACAAUAUGGCAAUCUCUCUUUCAGCCGAGUCUACAACGCCGGCCACUUUGUUCCUUACUCCCAGCCCGAAACCGCCUUUCAAAUCUUUGCCCGUGUGAUCUUGGGUAACGACCUGUCCACAGGCGCAGAUGUCGACCUUUCGACCUUCAUUUCCUCCGGGCCCGCAAACUCCACGUAUACGCAAAAAGCUCCUCCCGCACCUGACCCUACCUGCUGGGUCCGGAAUUGGCAGAGCUCGUGCUCUGAUGACGAUACGGAUGCUAUGAAGGAGGGCAAAGGUCUGGUUUCGUACGGCAUUUAUUACCAAGAUUCAUCGAGCAUCAUCUUACCGAGUACAACCGUGCAAGCUGGAGUCCCUGGUAACCCCAUGACUACCACCAGUAGCGGCACGAGAGGCGCGCACGGCGCCACCGAUACAAGCUCCGCAUUAACGGGAGUCUAUACUGCUACAGGCACGCCAACACCAAGCGGAGCUGCAACGAGACUCGGUGCCGGUCUCGACUUUGGAAAUGGACCGGGAUCAAUGUUUCUCGUGUUCGCUGGUGUCAUCGCUGGGAUGGCUGUCAUGGUUUGAAGUGGAUUGUUCUAGUAGAUAUGGUUUUCAAGAUCUUGGUCUGGAGUUUUUCAUGACAUGGGAAAGGGGGAAAAAGUGUGAUUCUUGGAUCGGAGGCGUGUGAAUGAUACCCAAUAUCUACAAUCGUAAUGUCUGCAUAGCAUUAGUAUAGCAUAGGUUCGGGAUGGGAAGGUGGGAAGGGAAGGUUAGAGCAGUGGCAUUAAAAAGUUAGAGUCGUGAUAGAGAAAUGAGACGAAUUGGCAUCUUUG